AUGUCGCACCCACGCGUGGAAGAAGUCUCCGACAGCGACCCCUCCUCGGAUCCCGAGGAGGUCGACAUCGACGACUUCGACGACGCCGACAUCAUGCGCCGCGUGGAGCCAGCCGCCAAACAGCCCUCGCCCGCCCCGCGAGCAGCAGCUCCCCCCGUCCAGGCCCAGCAACUGCAGCUGGCCACCGACUCCCUCCACCCCUCGACCGACCGCGCCCACUACGCCGACUACCAGUGCCUCUACCCCAUCUACUUCGACGCCUCGCGCUCCCGCUCCGAGGGCCGCCGCGUCCCCGCCUCCCUCGCCGUGUCCAACCCCCUCGCCCGCGAGAUCGCCAACGCCUGCUCCCGCCUCCGCCUGCCCACCCUCCUCGAGCCCGACAAGAUCCACCCCCAGGACUGGGCCAACCCGGGCCGCAUCAAGGUCGGGCUCAAGGCCGCCGGCUCGGGCGCCAACGUGCCCCUGCACAACAAGCACCACCUCUUCAUCCUCGUCGCGCGCCACCUGCGCGACAACCCCACCGUCGACGACAGCCUGGGCCUGCGCGUCCGCAUCGGCGGCAAGCUGGAGCCCGAGCUGGGCAAGCCGUACCCGCGGCCGGCGGUCCCGCGGGGGUGGAAGCUCGGCGACCUGCUGCCCUACACCAGCGCCGCCAUGACGGGCGGCGGGGUGUCGGAGAACCUGUUCAAGGACAUGAUGAAGGAGAUGCAGGGCGGCGGCGACCCCAUGUCUGCUCUGAUGGGCGGCAUGGGCGGUGGCGGUGGUGGUAGCGGGGCUGGCAGCGGGGCGGAGGAGAGCAGCGGGAGCGGGAAGAAGAAGAAGGACAAGAAGAAGGGCAGGGCUUGA